AUGGCUCGGCAGGCUGUGAAGCCUGAUGAGCUGCAGCCAGUGCUGGACACCGUUGCUUCCUCCGCGCUCACACGCAUUCCAGCAUUCCGGGCAGGCUGUGAGGCACUUCGGACGGCCGCCGCGCAGCGGCCGGACGCGCCGUCGCUGGCCUCGGUCUUGAUGCUGCUCCAAAAGGCCACCGCGCCUUCCGAGCCGCAGCCUGAGGAGGAGGCUGAAGAGGUCGAGACCAAGAUGGGAGCUGCAUCAGGCGGCUUUGACGAGGAACGACCGUUGAGCCCAUUGGAGCUGGCGGAGCGCCUUGGACGGCUGGGGAAGGCCAAGAAGGCCAAUCCCACGGAGUUGUCCAUGGUGGCGGACCGCUUCCUGGCCACUGUGGAGAGUCUCAGCAAGGAUGAGCUGCUGCCAGCUUUGUCAAAUGUGCUCCUGGCCGGGCGCUGGCGCAUCCAGCGCGAAGCCUUGCUGCUCGAGGUGGUGGAGCGCCUGGGCGAUCAGGUGGCGAUGCGCUCGCCGGAGCUGACGAGUUUGCAGCUGGUCUCCGCCGUGGAUGUGCCUGAAGCACAGCCAUACCAUUUGGUCUUCGAAGCGGCCUUGUUGGAGCUGUUGCAGAAGAAGCAACCCUUGACAUGGCAGCAGGCCAUCGUCGUGCUCGAGGCCUUUGCCGCGGUGCAGAUCCGCAUCCCCGAGCUGGCUCGCAUCUACCAGCGCUUCCAGCGGCAACAGGAGCUGGCACGGCUGCCGACCAUGGGCAUGGUGCGUUUCCUGGCUGCGGCCACUCAGCUGGAACUCACCGAGAACCGCGAUGUGAAGGAGAUGACGUGCAGGAUUUUGGCCGAGACGUCACCCGAGCGUCCCCUGCCCGUGGUGGAUACAGUCUCACUGAUCGAAAGCUUGUGGCUCUCGGGCAGCGUGUUGCAGGACAUGCAGCUGAGACAUUUGCUCAGCUGGGUUGCGACCCUGCGCCCGCGGGAGCUGUCGGAGCAGAACCUCACCACUCUGCGCAACUACAUCCUCUUCAUCCUGGCUCAGGAAGAUGGAAGCGCACGUUUGAGCUUGCAGAGGAUGCCCGUGGAGAUCCAGACCCGGCUCUCCGAGCUUCUCUGCCAUCCAUCCCCUUGCUGGACCAGGACGCCCAGCGAGGAGACACGGCUCCUGCGCUCCGAGGUGUCGGAGCUGCUUCUGGAAAAGGCGCCCAGCCAUGUGGCCGCGCUGCCGGCGGUGUCGCUGGGCCCGGCGGGGCAGGCGGAUCUAGAGGUCAACCAUGUUGGUUGGCUGCUGGAUGGCCCUGAGGCCUUUUUCCGGCCCUUCACGCCCUUGCGGUACACCCCCCAGGAGAAGCAGAGAGCUUGGCUGCUGGAGACCUUGCUUCGUCGCGACGACAUGCGCCAGGCGGUCGUGGCCGACUUCUUCCCGAAGGCACGGCAGUGGCCCACGCUGCCACGCCUUCAACGGCUCAAUUGGUUGGAGUGGGGCCAAGCAUCGUCUGUCGCUGCCAAGAAGCGAUUGUUGGGCGUCGACGAAGGAUGGUUUUCCGCGGCGGCGAAGGAAGGGCAGCGAAGCCAGGAGGCCACAGCCAGCUGA